AUGUUCAAUCGAAACGUGCAGUUAUGCAGUUUUCUACUCGUUUUGAAUACGGCAGUCUUUUGCGAAGAUACCUCAAAUCUUGCUCCAGUGAUCAUCGAGCAUCCACUCGAUGUGGUUGUAUCCCGCGGAUCUCCAGCCACACUAAACUGUGGUGCAAAACCAUCGACCGCCAAAAUCACAUGGUACAAAGACGGACAACCUGUUAUCACGAAUAAGGAGCAAGUCAACAGUCAUCGCAUUGUUCUGGAUACUGGCUCGUUGUUUUUGUUGAAAGUGAACAGUGGAAAGAAUGGAAAGGAUAGUGACGCUGGAGCAUAUUAUUGCGUGGCUAGCAAUGAACAUGGAGAGGUGAAAUCGAAUGAGGGAUCGUUGAGAUUGGCGAUGCUUCGUGAAGAUUUUCGAGUGCGACCUAGGACUGUGCAGGCUCUCGGCGGCGAAAUGGCAGUUCUCGAGUGCAGUCCUCCACGUGGAUUCCCGGAACCUGUUGUCAGCUGGAGAAAAGACGACAAGGAGCUCCGAAUCCAAGAUUUGCCACGCUACACCCUCCAUUCUGACGGAAAUCUCAUCAUUGACCCGGUGGAUCGCAGCGAUUCUGGUACUUAUCAGUGUGUUGCCAACAAUAUGGUCGGAGAACGUGUAUCGAACCCGGCAAGAUUAAGUGUCUUUGAGAAACCAAAGUUUGAGCAAGAACCCAAGGACAUGACCGUCGACGUUGGAGCUGCAGUUCUUUUCGAUUGUCGUGUGACUGGAGAUCCACAGCCUCAAAUCACCUGGAAACGAAAGAACGAGCCGAUGCCAGUGACACGAGCCUACAUUGCCAAGGACAAUCGUGGAUUAAGAAUUGAGAGGGUCCAACCAUCUGAUGAAGGAGAAUACGUCUGCUAUGCCCGUAACCCAGCUGGAACCCUCGAGGCAUCGGCUCAUCUUCGUGUCCAAGCUCCACCAUCAUUCCAAACGAAACCAGUUGACCAAUCAGUACCUGCCGGAGGUACUGCAACAUUUGAGUGUGCUCUCGUCGGACAACCAAGUCCAGCUUACUUUUGGAGUAAAGAAGGCCAACAGGAUUUGCUCUUUCCAAGCUACGUGUCUGCUGACGGAAGAACCAAAGUGUCUCCAACAGGAACUUUGACUAUUGAGGAAGUCCGACAGGUCGACGAGGGAGCGUACGUGUGCGCCGGAAUGAAUUCGGCUGGAAGUUCGUUGAGCAAAGCGUCGUUGAAGGUUACAACAAAAGGGAUGAGAUGUAAUACGCCGACAUCUAAAAAAAAUGAUUUGAACAAUAAAAAAUGUCAUGUUUCAAAAUCAAUAUUUUCAGCCGUGACCGGAAACACACCAGCAAAGCCACCACCAACCAUCGAACAUGGCCAUCAGAAUCAAACGUUGAUGAUUGCAUCAUCAGCAAUUCUUCCAUGUCAGGCAAGCGGCAAACCGACACCAGGAAUCUCAUGGCUUCGAGAUGGUCUUCCAAUUGAUACAACAGAUAGUAGAAUCAGUCAACAUUCGACUGGAAGUCUACACAUCGCUGAUUUGAAGAAACCCGACACCGGAGUGUACACCUGCAUUGCUAAGAACGAGGAUGGCGAGUCGACUUGGUCGGCGUCACUAACCGUUGAAGAUCAUACAAGCAAUGCUCAAUUCGCCCGAAUGCCAGAUCCAUCCAACUUCCCAUCGGCGCCGACUCAACCCAUAAUCGUCAAUGUCACUGACACGGAAGUAGAGCUCCGAUGGAAUGCUCCAUCGACAUCUGGAGCCGGACCAAUCACUGGUUACAUCAUUCAGUACUACAGCCCAGAUCUUGGACAGACUUGGUACAACAUCCCGGACUAUGUGGCAACGACAGAAUACAGAAUCAAAGGUCUCAAACCAUCUCACUCUUACAUGUUUGUAAUUCGUGCAGAGAAUGAGAAGGGAAUUGGUACUCCUAGCGUCUCAUCUGCCUUGGUCACCACUGGUAAAGCAGCUGCUCAAGUUGCCCUUUCCGAUAAAAACAAGAUGGAUAUGGCGAUCGCGGAGAAACGCUUAACUUCCGAGCAGCUCAUCAAGCUUGAAGAGGUCAAAACCAUCAAUUCUACGGCUGUCCGCUUAUUCUGGAAAAAACGACGAGUUGAGGAACUCAUUGAUGGAUAUUAUAUCAAGUGGAGAGGACCACCGAGAACAAACGACAAUCAGUAUGUGAAUGUGACCAGUCCAAGUACGGAGAACUUUGUUGUAUCCAACUUGAUGCCAUUCACCAAUUACGAAUUCUUUGUGAUUCCAUACCAUUCUGGUGUUCAUAGUGUUCACGGAGCUCCAAGUAACUCUAUGGAUGUGCUGACCGCUGAAGCUCCACCAUCACUCCCACCAGAGGACGUCCGCAUUCGUAUGCUCAACCUGACGACUCUACGCAUCUCGUGGAAGGCGCCAAAAGCGGACGGCAUCAAUGGAAUUCUCAAAGGAUUCCAAAUUGUUAUUAUUGGUCAAGCACCGAACAACAACCGCAAUAUCACAACAAACGAGAGAGCCGCCAGUGUGACGCUGUUCCAUUUGGUCACUGGUAUGACAUACAAAAUUCGAGUAGCCGCUAGAAGUAACGGAGGCGUCGGAGUCUCGCAUGGAACGAGUGAAGUCACAAUGAACCAAGACACUCUCGAAAAACAUCUCGCCGCUCAACAAGAAAACGAGUCGUUCCUCUAUGGGUGGAUCAACAAGUCGCAUGUCCCGCUGAUAGUGAUAGUAGCACUUCUGAUAAUCUUUGUGGUUAUCAUAAUUGCUUACUGUUACUAUAGAAACAGUCGGAAUAUGGAUGGGAAGGAUCGGAGUUUUAUUAAAAUCAACGAUGGAAGUGUUCAUAUGGCAGCUAACAACCUUUGGGAUGUGGCACAAAACCAGAAUCAAAUGUACAACACUACUGGAAGGAUGACAAUGAAUAAUAGAAACGGUGGAGGACAAGCGCUCUACUCGUUGACUCCGAAUGCCCAAGAUUUCUUCAACACUUGUGACGACUACAGCGGGACUAUGCACCGACCUGGAUCGGAGCACCAUUACCAUUAUGCUCAGUUGACUGGAGGACCUGGAAAUGCUAUGUCGACAUUCUACGGAAACCAAUAUCACGAUGAUCCAUCUCCAUACGCUACCACCACACUUGUGCUCUCCAACCAGCAACCAGCAUGGCUCAAUGACAAAAUGCUCCGGGCGCCAGCGAUGCCAACAAAUCCAGUGCCACCAGAACCACCAGCAAGAUAUGCGGAUCAAACUGCCGGAAGGAGGUCUCGAUCGAGUCGUGCUUCGGAUGGACGAGGAACACUAAACGGAGGACUUCACCACCGAACGAGUGGAAGUCAACGAUCGGAUAGUCCACCUCACACUGAUGUGAGCUAUGUUCAGUUGCACUCAUCGGAUGGAACUGGUAGCAGCAAAGAGAGGACUGGAGAGCGGCGAACACCUCCAAACAAAACUCUCAUGGACAUGAUGCCGCCACCACCAUCAAAUCCUCCACCGCCAGGAAGCCAUGUUUAUGAUACCGCCACUCGCAGGCAACUAAAUCGAGGAAGCACUCCACGAGAGGAUACCUACGAUUCAGUUAGUGAUGGAGCAUUCGCUCGGGUUGAUGUUAAUGCGCGGCCGACGAGUCGGAAUCGGAAUUUGGGUGGGAGGCCUCUGAAAGGAAAACGCGACGAUGAUAGUCAACGAUCGUCCCUGAUGAUGGACGACGAUGGUGGAUCGUCGGAGGCUGAUGGAGAGAACUCGGAGGGUGAUGUGCCGAGAGGAAGUGGCGUGCGGAAGAAUGUUCCAAGAAUGGGCAUUUCGGCGAGUACGCUGGCGCAUAGUUGUUACGGCAACAAUGGAACAUCACAGCGUUUCCGAUCGAUACCACGCAAUAACGGGAUCGUCACACAAGAACAAAUCUGA